AUGUGCCGUUCUAUUCUUGCUUUCUAUCUUUUCCUGUCUGCCGAGAUAUGGUGUAACUGCAUUGCAGCCGCAGCAGCUAGCCCUUUCGCUGUAUCCUGGUCGGACCAGACGUUUGGAUUCGACGGUCCGUGGCGCGCGGUAACAGUGAAGGUGGGAUCGCCAGGACAGGAGCUGUCAUUAUACCCCGGAGGCAGCUGGGGAGGCUCAGUCUUCCUGGAGUCGAUUUGCUCCAAUUCCACCCUCGCGCCCAUCUGCCACACCAGCAAGGAAGGGGGCUUGUUUGACGGCAGCAGGUCUGCCACAUUCGACAACGAAUCAAUACAAUUUGGCGCAGCAGGCGCAUUUCGUGUGGGGGAGGCCGAUGCUGUGCGACAAUACGGCACGGUCAGGUACGGAUUCGACUACUACGAUGUUGGUGGCAAAAGGAUACCGAACGUAUCAACUCGAUGGAUCACAGAUGCGUAUCGUGUUUAUCCUGGAGGGAAAGCUUACCCCGUCGACCUGGGGAUUCUCUCUCUAGGCGCAAGCGACAUCAACCAAACUUUCACUCAGGAUGACGACAAGCCCGCCAUCCAGACCACUUUCGUCCCAAGCUACAUGUUUGGCACCCUCAAAAUGCUUCCAUCUUACUCCUAUGGUAUGCACAUUGGCUCGGUGCUCCCCAAGAUACCUGGAUCGCUGUAUCUAGGGGGCUAUGACCAGAACCGCGUUCUGGGCGAGGUCUCGGCUCAGUCGUUCUCCAGUGGUUCGUUCCCCAUCGGCCUGGUUGACAUCGAAGUUGGGGUCGUGAGAGGGGGCUCCCCCUGGAACUAUUCAUCCCAGCAUGGACUUCUGGCCAAGGGGAACGCAUCAAUUGCCCCCGGCAUCACUGUGACCAUGAGCCCCGCGGACCCUUACCUCUACCUGCCCCAAAGCACAUGUGCAGCGAUCGCUGCCGAGCUGCCGGUCGUGUACCAACCCGACUACGGGCUUUACUUCUGGGACACCACGGACCGUCGAUAUAGCCAGAUCAUCACGUCACCAGCAUACCUCGAGUUUGUAUUCAGCAAGAACUCGCGCAACAACGCCAACUUGACCAUCAAGGUCCCAUUCUCGCUGCUGAAUCUGACGCUCAAAGCUCCUCUCGUAGAGAAGCCGACAUCCUACUUCCCUUGCAUGGGCACAACCGGCACCUAUGCGCUGGGCCGGGCCUUUGCACAAGCAGCAUUCAUUGGUGUCAACUGGGGACUUCCCGCGGGGAACUGGUUUCUAGCCCAGGCUCCCGGGCCCAAUAUCCCUGGCUCCGCAAGACCGACCGUCAUCAGACCCGGUGAUGCCACGAUUUCCGCGAGCUUGAGCGAAUGGGAGAAUAGCUGGGAAGGACACUGGACGGAGCUACCUACUAUGCGCGGAAGCUCUGGGUCACCGGACGACGGCGGCGGCGGUCUUUCCGACAUUGCCAAGGCCGGCAUUGGGCUGGGCGUGAGCCUGUCCCUCACCCUGACGGCGCUGGCGGCUGUGGUACUAUUGCGGUACGGGAAUCGAUGCACUACACUACGUUCCCCUAAGCCCAUCGACGACGACGAGGGGCUUGUUGCUGUCGGCUUGCAUCCGCGGGAUUCGCUGUCGGCAGGCGUCCCGCAGGCCCGACAGCUCGGGCACCCAAGGACUCUCGCAGAGUUCAGUGAUCAGCCCUCUGGGCAGGUGUAUGAGCUUCAGGGCCAGCGCCAUGGUAGUGUAUAUGAGCUUUCUUGAGGACCGCUGCCCCCCUCACCCCAAGCAAAGCGCCCUUGGUCAUCUCGGUCACUGCAUGCAAACCCUUCAUGCGUUCACUGUUUUUUUUUUUUCUUUUUACCGUUAGGAGGAGGGUAAGGGUACUCUUGUAUUUCCGAGCGAUCUCUUUCUGGGUGGUUCUGAGGGGGAAGGAAGGAAGGAGGGUUCAUUACUCCGUGCUUCUCAAUAGUAUAGAUAUCAUGCCCUUAAUCUAUUUAGCCGUGGGCUGUAUAACGUUUAAUCAUAACGAAAACUGUAACUCAAGUGAACCUAAUCGUCCAUAUCUUCUG